GAGAGAAAAGACGCUUCUUCUCUCUCAUUAUUAUCGUGUUUGUUUUAUCGCCGGGCAAUAUAUAUGCCCGGCUUCCCUAUGAGCAUUACAGUCUAACGCGAUCCGUGUCAACGUCCGGAAGGCGCGCGAGCUCCAUCGGACUGGAGAUAAUCGCGGAUCAAGCUCCGAUAUUGACCUAUAUUAUUCAACGGAGUGAAAUCUGUGAUCGGUGAAGGUAAAACGCGACGGGCCACCUGUCUCCGCCGUUAGUGUGACCCGCGACUUCGUCGAUCGGCGUUCGCGCGGGGAAAGAAAGACCGUCGGAAGCGGCGGGACACGUGUGCGUGUCCGGUCGUCUCGCUCCUAUCGGAAAUAGACCGAAAAUAACAUGGGGUCUUAAUCUGAUACAAGGAAGAUAGGCGACGAGCCGAUAAUAGCCCAGUUUUGGCUUGAGAUGCAACGUAUUACAAAAUAUUUCAGAAUACGCGCGUCAACGACACGGUAGAGCGGAGUGGGAUUUGUCUCUGUAUCCCCCGCGGCAGAAGUGUGUGUAUCCAGUUUUGACGACAAAUCAACGACGUAAUUUGUGUUACAAGGCGUUACCAGUUAUUACAAAAGUGCGCGGUCAGUACGAUGAAAAAGGCAGUUUUCCUGAAGCUACUCUAACGUUUUGUCGCGUGGAAAGUUAGUAGCGGUUGAAGAAAAUCGAAUCGCAUACUUUGGAGAAGAGAAAGGAUGAAAAGGACCACUGAAAAGAAUGUCAUCUUAGUCAUCAUUGAGGUCGAUCAACGAGGUUGAUCAACGAGGCGACGCGACAUAAAAACAUAUGCCUUGACAAAGUUUUUGUGACACGUAAACAUGUGACGUACAUUGAAUUUGUAGCACACCGGUAACGCUUGACUAAUACAAAUAAUAAUAAUCGACUCUCGCGACGGAGUGUGUAAGCUUUUUUUAAUUAGAUGAGAGAUAUUAGAAAAUAAUAAGACAUUGGUUAAACAAAUUAUUAUAACAACUGACUUAGACAAAUAAACAAAAGUAUUACAAAGGGAAAAACUAAACGAUACGACGGACGUAGAGUGAAACGAUUAGACUUUGGAUCUUGGAAGAUGUGCUCGUCGACGUUCAUCAGUAAGACAUGUCUGGCAUUUUCAUUCCUGCUGUACUUCGUCGGAAUGGAUUUGCUACUCUAUUUCCGAGUGCAGGACUACGAUGUGCGUCCGUCUACGAACGACUCGCAAGCUUCGCCGUAUCAUUCGCCAAUUUUGUGCGACCUGAAUCCGAUUUGCACGGUGACGGUGAAGGCCAUGACGUUGGACCACCCUAAUCACUACAUUCUGAGUCCCCUGGCGUCCCUGACGGAUUAUUUGCUGGGCAUCAGUCGUUCCUGGACGUGGCUGACGCCGAAUGCCAUCAGUUUUUCUCACGUAGUUGUGGCUGUGAUCGGCGCCCGGUACGUCACACGGAGUUCCCUGUUUCACAGACGAGUGGGCGUCGUCCUGUUCCAAGUCAGAGCCUGGCUGGACAAUCUGGACGGCCACGUGGCCAGGACGAGGCUCAACGUCAAGGGCGAGAGAUCGGACGUUGGCUCUAUCGGUUACCUCGUGGAUGGCGUCUGCGACGGUCUCGGCUGCAUCGCUCUCACGGUCGCGGUAUUCAUUUUCCUGAAGCGCAACACUAAUCACCGCGGUGGUUACGAGCGACUGCCCAUUCGGACAAUAUCGUCGUCGUCACUGUCACCCCACAGUACCGUUUCUUCUACCUCGUUCUGGAGAUCGCCCCUGUACAACAUUCUAAUGAUGGGCCUCCACUUUUGCCUGACGAGCAUCGCUUGGAACCGGUACAUAUCCGUGUACCAGGACCUCCUGGAGUCCGACGUCCCUUCGAUGAUCAGCCGAAAGGAUCUCUACGAUAGGCAGACCAUCGUUUUCCGAAGUUCCUCUUUCUGGACUAUCGCUCUCGCGUGGAAGAUCUUCAACUUUCACGCGAUGAUGGACUAUAUGCUUCUGGCAAUAUUUUUGGAUCGCAUUUGGGAAUACGUCAGAUUCGCAUGGUUGCAGCUACCUACAGUUUUGUUUCUGCUUAUUCUUAUCAGCGAGUUUCACUACACGUACACUUACGAGAAAAUAUUAUCGGUGAACGAUAGCCUGCGGUACUCCUCGUACACGCUUACUUAUCCAUAACAGUCGGUUUCUUCUUAACGUUAUUCGUUUCCCAUUAGCACAUAUUUUUGCAUAUAUUAUUGUGUAAUAAUGUAUGGUCGGUAGAAGAACUUAUUUUUUUUGGACGAUUUUAAAUAUAUAUUUUUUUUAGAUUUUUAGAAGAUGAUUAUUAUA